GGGGGGCGGCGGGGAGGGGACCCCGGCGGAUAAAGAUGGCAAUGUCUCUCAUCCAAGCGUGCCGCAGUCUGGCUCUCUCAACAUGGCUGCUUUCCUUUUGUUUCGUGCAUCUGCUCUGCCUGGACUUCACCGUGGCCGAGAAGGAGGAAUGGUACACCGCCUUCGUGAACAUCACCUACGCCGAGCCGGCGCCGGACCCCGGGACUGGGUCGGCCGGCGGCAGCGACGGCGCGGAGCUGCACACCGAGAAGACCGAGUGCGGGCGCUAUGGAGAGCACUCGCCCAAGCAGGACGCCCGCGGAGAGGUGGUCAUGGCCAGCUCGGCCCACGACCGUCUGGCCUGCGACCCCAACACCAAGUUCGCCGUCCCGGCCCAUGGCAAGAACUGGAUAGCCCUCAUCCCCAAGGGCAACUGCACAUACAGAGAUAAGAUCCGGAACGCGUUCCUGCAGAACGCCUCUGCCGUGGUCAUCUUCAACGUGGGUUCCAACACCAACGAGACCAUCACCAUGUCCCAUGCAGGUAUAGAAGACAUAGUGGCAAUAAUGAUUCCUGAGCCAAAAGGGAAGGAGAUAGUAAGCCUGCUGGAAAGAAACAUCACCGUGACGAUGUACAUCACCAUCGGAACCCGGAACUUGCAGAAAUACGUGAGCCGCACUUCAGUGGUGUUUGUCUCCAUCUCCUUCAUUGUCCUGAUGAUCAUUUCCCUCGCAUGGCUGGUCUUUUACUAUAUCCAGAGAUUUCGAUAUGCAAAUGCCAGGGACAGGAACCAGCGCCGACUGGGAGAUGCGGCAAAGAAAGCCAUCAGUAAGCUCCAGGUCAGGACUAUCAAGAAGGGUGACAAGGAAACAGAGCCUGAUUUUGACAACUGCGCCGUUUGUAUUGAAGGGUACAAGCCUAACGAUGUUGUCCGGAUCCUGCCCUGCCGGCAUCUUUUCCACAAGUCCUGUGUUGACCCCUGGCUUCUAGACCAUCGCACCUGUCCCAUGUGCAAGAUGAACAUUCUUAAAGCCCUAGGGAUCCCGCCCAAUGCUGACUGCAUGGACGACUUACCCACCGACUACGAGGGCUCUCUGGGAGGUCCACCCACCAACCAGAUCACAGGCGCGAGCGACACAACCGUAAAUGAAAGUUCUAUCACAUUGGAUCCUGCAGUCCGGACCGUGGGAGCCUUGCAGGUUGUCCAGGAUACAGAUCCCACUCUCCAGGAGGGAGAAGUCAUCUUUACUACUAACAGUGAACAGGAACCAGCCAUAAGCAGUGAUUCAGACAUCUCGCUGAUUAUGGCAAUGGAGGUUGGACUGUCCGAUGUAGAACUUUCCACUGACCAAGACUGUGAAGAGGUGAAAUCUUGAAAUGGCAAAUAUACCCAAAAGGGAUGGUAGGACCCAAGGAUAAGGAAGGGAGGAGUGCCUCAAGACUUGGACUAGGUGCACACACCUCCAGAACACCUUGGCAACUCCAGGGCACUCCAUUCAAGAAUGGUAACGAAAAGCAAUAUCCAAAGUCAUGUUAAUCAAGAUGCAGUUUCUCCAUCUCUACAGCAGACCAUGGCGUUGGCAGCUUGGAAGUUGAAAGCUGAUGUCCCCUCCCAUGUCUUUGAAAACAGUGUAUCAGAAGCUCCUAAAACAGUGACUAAAAGGACACUUUUAGGGUUUCUUAGUUUCAUUUCAACUUUUUCCAGAUCUUACUGUUAUCUUUCUGGAAUGUUAUUGGAUUUCUUUGGCAGUUUCUUUUUAAAGACUAUUUAUAGUUUAUAUCAACCUCUUUGUUUUUUCUUUUAUUCACUCCAGCUUUUACGUAAGUUCUGUUUAGAAGUGCCUGUUCCUGCUACGAUCGGUUUGUAUUCCAUCUCUGAGAUUUAUGGCCUUGACCUCUCUCAGCAUGAUGCGUGCAUAGGGCUUUGGGAAGUGCUCCUGCACCCUGAAACUUCCUAAAGCUGGCUUUCAUUAAGAAUCUAAAUUCUUUUACUUGGGUCUCAAAAAUCCCAGCUGCCAGAGACCCCAACACUAAUGUCUAAGUCUGCUGAGGCCAGUGCUCAUUAUUGAAGCUAUGUCACCCCACAUUGCUGAGCAUUACAGGAGCCCACGUGACAUGAGAGGAGACCCUUCAGGGGAGGCACUUCAAUUCAUCUGGUUCCUAGAGUCUUUCACUGAAAUUCUGAACUCAGAAGUCCCCUGCAGGGCAUUCAUGCCAGCCGUUGCAGCUGGAGGGCUUGUAGCUGGGGCUGCAACCCUAGUUUUAAAAUGAGGUACCACAUAGUCUUCCCACUGAAAGCAAAAUGCCCAUUGCAUUGGUUUCUGUAGGGCUGAAUGAAUCUUUUGUCACCUUCUUCAGUUGAUUCUGCGGGAAGCAGAGGGUUUAGAAAAGAUCCAGUCAUCUUCAAGCCCAAUGGCAGACCCAAGGGUAGCUGCAUUGGCUGCCUAGGUUUUAUCUUAGUUCCAACACACUUUGUGUUAAACCUUGCCAGACUGUAGGGCAGGAUUUAGGUGAAUCCUUAGCAGAUUGCUUUCUAGGGCUCCAUGAGUUUGUCUGGAGAUCAAGUAAGGAAUGAGGUGCGAUUUUAUAAGCAUUUGAUCCAAAGAGUACAGUGAUGGAAUUUGCUAAAUCAAAUUUAUCCUGGCUGAGAGAGACACAGUAAGAGGGAAAAGAAAAGAGGCAACAGAUAAACACUAGAACCUACCAGUAUUUUUAAACUGUUUAUGUUUUUGUUCUUUUUUUUCUAACUAUGACCGAGACAUGCUAUUUUAUUCAGUGGGCAAUUUUGUAAUACAUUCAGACUAUCCGGGGUGCAGAGAGAACUUCCAGUUGCCUGACUAAGAAAGUGAAUGCACCCUCUGGACAAUCAGAUGGCUCACCUUAUUAUCUGCAAGAAGAUGACAAAGGCCAUGCCCUAUGCUGCUGCUUGGGUUAACCAUGAAGGAAAGCGUUUCUCACUGAGUUGUAAUUUACAUAUUUGGUCAGUGAUUUCCCACCUCAUUACACUAAUACUCAUUCAAAAACAGAGUUUGGUUGUGCUGGAAAACCUUGCUGCCUUCUGAAACAUGGGGAGUACAUGUCAAGGGAGACCACUGGUUGCUCUUUUCCACCACUUUUAAAGAUCUCAUAUUUGAUGGUUUAUUGGUAAGCCACAAGGCGAGGAAAAUGAUUACUGCCUUCCAAAAGGUCACAUUUCUCUAAGAGUCCAACACUUCCUGUAAUGGAAUCCAAUGUGCACAUGGUGGAAGGCAGGCAGGGAGGAAUGAAGAGAGCUGGGAAGCAGGAGCCAGGAGGCCUCACUUGAGCCACGCAUGUGCUCAGCCUUAGUUUCUCAUCCAUAAAGUGAAGGAGUUUGGCAAGAUGAUUCCAGAUGCUCCUUAGCACCACUGAUGAAGAUUUUGCCAGGGGUCCCAUUUUUCACAGAUGGUGAUGACACAGAGCAGAAUUCAUAGCUUAGGGAGGCAGAAUUCCUUGACACGAAACACACAACAGCCUUUGAGAUUUGGCGUUCCUGUGCUGCUGAGAAUGGAUAUCUAAGUGAUUGGAGUUUUAGGUCCAAGUAGGAGUUGUUUUCUUUUGCCUUGUUUUGAAACUGCUUUUACUUACAGAGUUUGCAGUCUGUGGAUGAAUGCAGACCUUUACAUCCUAGUUAUGGGUGUACAGUGUCUGUGGGGAUUUCUUAACUUCUAAGAUGUUUCUUUCUCUCGGUCAGCAUAGUCCUGCAUCACCUACCCCCUCUUCAGUCAGCUUUGCCCCAAAUAAAUGUUGGUAUUAACUUAAGUGAAAUUAGAAGGAUAAUCCAAAAGCAAAAGGAAAGUAAGUAUAGUCCUGUUUGUUCAGUGUCAUCUCUUCCUGCCCGUGGCCAGGUAAAUCGGAAAUUAAUUGCAUAUGCAAGCCCUGGCUACAGCACCCCCUUAUAGGAUGCUGCAUAGACAAUAAGGGGCUGAAGAGGCCAAUCUCUGGCUUGCAAAUCUGGACCCAAGGAGGUCCUGCUGCAAACCUACUGAGCCUGGAAGGGUUGCCCUUUACAAAAGUUUGUUUCUGGAGGAUUUCCCUGUGACUUUAGUAGUUAAAGGGAAGUUCAGCGACAUGGAGGAGUUCAAAAGAAAGGGAAAUAGCCCUGCCCUAUGGUCUUCAUCAUCACUUCUCCCCAAAAAGAAGGACCCCAUGGGUCACAGAUGAGUGUCAAAGGGUUUUUGAACAGUCUGAAAGUAUAUGCAGACUUCAUGCAUAUUUACAGAUGUACAGUUUUCUUUAGUGAGAGUCGAGACCAGCUCUGCCCAAUAGAAAUAUAAUACGAGUCACAAAGGUAAAUUAAAAUAGUCUAGUGGCUGCCACAUUUAAAAAGAAACAGGUGAAAAUCAUUUUAAUAGUAUCUUUUAUUUAAUUCAUAUUGUUUUAACACGGAAUUAAUGUAAAAUAUUUUACAUUCUUUCUUUAUAGUGAGUCUUCUAAAUCCAUUGUGUGUUUUGCACUUACAGCACAGGCAGGCUCAAUGAGGAAUAGCCACAUUUCAAGCACUCAAUAGUCACACAUGGCAAAUGACUACUGAUUGAGCAGCACAGGUCUAGAGCAUCUCCAGAUUCUCACAAGAUUCCCUGGCACUUACAAAAGAAAAAGGUUAAAAUCUUAAUGACCUCCAGAGAGUACUGGAUGUACCAAGUUGCCUAAAGAGGGGCCCAUUCACCAGUUUAUUUUGUAAUGAACAAAAAUUUGGGCAGCCUUUCUGAAAUUUCUGCUUGAGCUUUCCAACCACACCACUGAUGUCCAUUAUCCUUUAUUGUUACUGCUCUGACAAGUUGUGUUUUUUGAAAGUCACACAAACCAUGUUGAUUUGGUGCUGAAACAAAAUGAUGUCCCACACGUCUAUGAUGAACCCUUAGCCUGGUGAUAUACAGCACUUAGGAGCCGAGGGAAAUGCACACUUGGGUCAUCCAACUUUACCUCCACCCUUAGUUCUGCUGAUUUGGGAAAAGGUGAUUUCCCUGACCCAGUGCCCGCUAGCCCCACAGCUGCAGCUUGUACUUGUGGAUAUGGGAGGGAAGAGUGGGCAGGUUCAUACUGACUCCACAUACACAACUUCAUGUGGCCUUAUUGAGAACGAAUCUUUGGGGCUGUUGAACAUCCAUCCUCUACUAGGUGAAUUGUGACCAACAGGCAACUUUCAAAUCAGAAGUCAGCAUCCCCCUCUCUCCAAGCCUGCGGGGGAUGAAAAGGAGCAUUUUCAUUCACCAAGAAUAAGUUAGGCUCACGUGUAGGCAUUGCUACCUCUUGUGUGGCUGGUCCGGUUGGGAAUGACUGAGCCCUGGUCACGAAGAGAGCCUCUGAAUACAUUGAAUGCAGCAUACUUAGAUUUGUUCUCUAGGGUUUGAUCACCAAUGAAAUGUCAGCUAAGGUCAUCUAGGCAGGGAAAAGAUUUGAAGAAGGUAGAGAGUUAAAUUUGGCAAACACACCUACCUAUUUUGUCAUCACAUGGUAAUGAUUACAACCAUGGAGGCAAAUCUCUGUCCAAAGAGUUUAUUUUCUUGGCAUUUCCCACAAUCUGGUGGAAACAUCCCUGACCAUCCUGGGUUUGGUCAUAUCAGAAAUCGCAGUGUCCAGUGGCCAGUUCAGUUACUGCUCUAAAUCCCUGCAACAACCACACUUUCAGAAUGAAAAAUGAGGAUAGAUAGCCUAACACAGGAUUCUUUCCUAUUAAUAAAUUUUGCUUAUAUGAGAGUUCUUACAGAGCAUAAAAUUAAAUGACAUUUAAUUAUGUAUUGAAUGCAUCACCUUUACUGAAAACAGUGCAAUCUCAUUAAAUCAAAAUCCUUCCAGAAAAUCUGAGAUACAGAGUCAUCCCCACUAUAGAGCCUUCUUCCAUACUGAUGCCACUGAGGCAAUUUCUAGUAGCAGUUUUCUGGGGGGUUGGGUUUUUUUUUUAAUUCUAUCACUUAGGUUUCUUUCUUUUUUCUGCCUGUUUCUCUGUUUUGAUCUAUCUCUGUUUUUCUCUAACAGCCUGUCUUUGUCAUUACACACAUGCACACACUCAUUCUUUGCCCAUCUUCCUUCUUUCUUUUUUGUUUUUUUUUUGUUUGUUUGUUUUUCUCCUUAUUUCUCUGUUUUCUUUUCUCUCAAAUAGCAUUCAGGACAAAAAAACAUUAGUGGCUCCAGAUGUAUAGAAUUAUUGUGAUUAUUAUUGUGAUUGUGUUGUUGUUAUUCUUUAAUUGUGUAGCAGUAUCUGUAUUUGUACUUCUGAUGAGAAAAUCACUUUGUUAUAAAGGCAAAUUAAGUUCCUCCCAAAUGGAGUUAGCCUGAUUUUCACACUUUCUCAUAUGACUAAUUUUAUCUCAGACCACCUAUAGCUCUUCCUCCUUUUUUUUUCCUUAAUUUUAGCUUCCUU